GUGUGCCUUCACGCACACAGACCGUAUUUAGUAAAAUCUGAACAAUAAGUGUACAAAAUGCCUAUGAAAGGGAGGUUUCCGAUCAGGAGGACACUUGACUACCUCCAGAAAGGUGACAUUAUUUUCAAAAACAGAGUGAAGGUUAUGACGGUAAAUUAUAACACACAAGGAGAGCUCAGCGAUGGAGCAAGAAAGUUUGUGUUCUUCAAUGUCCCUCAGAUUCAGUACAAAAACCCUUGGGUCCAAAUAAUGAUGUUCAAAAACAUGACGCCUUCACCCUUUCUGAAGUUCUACCUGGAUGAUGGUGAGCAGGUGCUGGUGGAUGUGGAGGGGAAGGACCACAAGCAAAUUUCACAGCAUGUUAAGAAGAUUUUGGGUAAAUCAGAAGAUGUGUUACACGCUGAGGCUCAGGCCAGGAUGCAGGCCUCCAACCCGGCAAACUUUGGCCCGAAGAAGUAUUGUCUGAGGGAGUGCAUCUGUGAGGUGGAUGGGCAGGUGCCGUGUCCCGGCACAACCCCGCUCCCCAAAGAGAUGACUGGCAAAUAUCGUACUAAGAUGGCCGAGUCACAGGAAUAAGAGACUGAAAAGGACAACAGACUAUUUUUUAUGUUGGACUAUAUUCUGUUAUUAAGGGGCAAAUAUUUUUUUGUUUUGAAAGCUCUGGAAUCUAGAGCUGCAAGAAUCAGCCAACAUUUUUUUUCCCAUCCAUCCCUUCAGACAGUAGUUUUACAUCAACCUGCAAACACUCAGAACUGUAUUCUGUAUAAAAUGAGAUAACUUUCAAAUAAAAAUUACACUGUUUUUUC